UUUUAACAUCAUCAGUCACCACUCACAUUUUCAGCGUGGCACUGGGCCCUUCUGAGAAGUUCGGCGGCAAAAGUGUAGGUCGCGUGUCAUCAUUGCGUAUCAGAUGCGUAGACACGUUUCUACCAAUCAUAUCUCCUCAUCUCAAUUCUACGCGCGAUGAUUGACGGAAAGUCUUUGUCAUGCCAAUUCUCUACCUCCCCCAUUCAUACUGGCAUCUAACCAGCAAGACGCUCUUCCUUCCUCAUGCACAGCCAGCGGCGGCCCGCGCCCGAGUCGACGUACGCGUCACAGGCAGCCCGAUGGAAGCAGGGCUUCAAGACUCCGGCGCAGCAACAGCCAGCGCAGCUCCAGACAGACCUCGAGAACGCUCUCGUCUCUGAGCUCUGCUCUUCUGCCGGCUCUUCGUCUUUUCCGCCGCGUGAGGUGCUGCAAAAGCUGCUACGCUACCUGCAUACAUUGGACCAUGACUACAUCUGUGAGCUGCUGGACGACAAGUUCGAGAGUCCAUUGUGGCAGGUCAAGGCCAAGGCGCUGUCCGUACUCAACGCUCUGCUGAGUAGUGGAGAGGCAGAGUUCUACAAGCAAUACUACAGUGGACGUCUGGACUUGCUGGAGGACCUGCGCAAUGCCAGGAAGGACAUGUUGCGCAAGCGUGCUGACAAAGUGUACGCGUUGCUGAAGGACUACGUGCCACCGGAUGAGGAGACUCCAUUAGAACUGAUGCGAAGGAUGCAGGAGGAAGAAGCUGAAGAGACUGAGGCUAGAGCCUCGCCAGAGAUGAAUAUUUUGAUGCACACGUCGCCCGUUGUAGCGUCCCAGCAGACGCCGCACGACUUGAUGAUGGACAUGAACGACUCUCCACGCAGUAGCAGCGCGCCGCUCCCUAGUCCAGCAGCUCCCGACGGAUCAGCAUUCAACUUGUUAGCGCAGCAAACGCAACAGGACUACGCUCCAGCCCAGAGAGCAGCUGAGCCGAUGACGCCUCCGGUCAGCAACUCAGGCUUUGGCUUCCUCUCUGCUAAUGGCGGAGAAAUGGACACAUCACCGCAACUGACGAUGCCAGCUCAGCCGACAGGUGGGUCAGCGUUCAGCUUUAUCCCUCAGAAUGCCAACCCAGAGCCCAGCGCACCGCCUCUGUCAUCAGACUCGUCUAGUUUCGGCUUCAUGAACCAGAACCCAACGGCAAACAGCAUCCAAGCGAUUGAACAUGGCAUUCCAUCGUCGUUAACUGCUGAAACUUCGUCAGCUUUCCGGUUCAUGGGCGGUCAACAGCCUCAGAAACAAAGCACAACGACAGCUGCUGCUCCGACCCAGCCAGCACGGGCAAGUGUGCUUCAACGUCGUCACACUGUGUUUGAUACACUGCCGGAGCCGACGAUGCUGCAGCCUACGCAGAUGAUUGAGCCGGAGAAAGAAGAGAAAGUAGAAGAACUGGAGAUAUCAGACCCGAUCCACGAUGCUUUUGAAGGAUUGGACGCGAAUGAUGGCACCCAAGCAUUGGAGUCUUUUGAUGCAUACAAACCGUCAUCUGACGCAGUGCAUGGAGGGUAUGAAGACGCUUCAGAACUUACACAACCUACGGAGCCGCUGCGUGAAGUGAUACUGGAAAUUGAUGUGCCCCCAGGACCCAUGGGUGUCAUGCUGGACCGGACAAUUACCGACAUGACUGUGAUUGAACGCUUCGUGCCUUUGCCGACUGGUGGACGUGGAUAUCUCGAGCUACAUCCAGCUAUUUGUCCUGGCUGCGCUUUGAUUAGUAUUAACUCCAUCUACGUGGAGAACAAGGGGCUAGUGGAGGUGGGCCCCAUCUUAGGAUCUCUAACCAACGCACCCAAGUUACUGCGGUUCAAGAAGCUGAUGACACAAGGCCGGACUGCGAACCCCUCGACGCUUCAAGUGCCAUACAUCCCUCCUCCUUUGGAAGAAGAGGAAGACAGUGCUACAGAAGAGAAGAGCACGGGGGAGGAUCAAGUCCAACCCGAAUCGGAAGAUAUUUACACACCCGGAAGCUCCAGUGGCGAGGCGUUCAUGACUCGUUUGAACGGAUAUAGCAGCAGCUUGGUUGAAAUAGAGGCCAAGCUGAAAGAAAUCAUCCGUCGCGAGCACGGCGGACAGCCCGUUGCGGACCGGCGCAACCAACUUGCACAACUUCACGGCACAGUGGAGAAAAUCCAGACACAAGGCAUCGACUCGGUCAUUUUCGAAGAUCACCGCCCGCCAAACUACGAGGAAGUCAAGCAGUUCCGCUCGACUCUCGUGCGUAGAGCUGACGAUCUGGCUCGACUCAUCCAGAGUACUGCGAGUUCAGACCCUACUCCUUUGUACAGCAGCGUGGCAGCGUCUGACGAGGAGAAACACCCCGUCUCAGCGUUUGCGUUUGUUGGAGGAGACUCGAAUAGCACAGUGAAUGACCCGCCAUUGGGAAUCUCCCAGCUACAAGACGACUCGGGUUUUCAGUUUCUGAACGCCAAUGCGAACCCACAAGUGGCGGAUGUUCAUGGUGGGAACGUUCUGGUACCGUUAGCACCGGUACAGGCUGACAACUCGUAUGGCUUCAGUUUCCUUCGUGACAAUGCACAACAGCCUGCAGCUGCUGCCCCAAUCAUCGUCAGGCAGUCGUCAGAUAGCGCAGCACCGGCAGUGGAGAUGGCUACAAACGUGUUUGCAGGACUGAGCUUAAAGGAGAGUACCGGUACCCCGCAACAGCCAAUGUUUGCUGGCCUCAGGGUGAAGGAUGACACGCAGCAGCAGCCGCCUAGACCGCCACCUGCACUAUACGACACAUUAACGAAGAGCAGUCAUGGUCGACCAAUGGGUCUCAGCGAUCUGGAGGCCUCGUUGCGGUCGACGGCAUCAGGUCGGCCACCAAUGGCAUCUCAGUCGACCGAUCAAGCCCCGACAAUUACUGAGUCCACCCGGUCAUCGUUCGGGUUUAUGUCCACUAUCAACGCGGCGGAGUUCGACAAUAGCGCGACGAGUACGCAGCCGACGUCACCUACCGCAUUUGGCUUUAUGCGGGGCAGCAAUUCGUCGUCCACGACACCGACUGUGGCCUCGUCGUCUGUUUCGCAGUCGCAGUCCCAGCGCAGCGUGCUGCUGGAACCCGAACCAUCCAUGUUCUCUUUCAUCUCGAACUGA